AUGUCUGGCAAUGUGUUUGACUUGGAUGUGCCUGGCACGGAGCAACUUGUUGAUGUCGAUCACAAUUUGCAAGCAGCCCAUGCCAAAGGGGCCAGCGAUAUUGUCUUGAUCCCUCAGCCUACCAAUGCCGGUGCCGAUCCUUUGAGGUGGCACCAAUACAAGAAGUACUAUCAACUCUUCUUGCUGGCCUUGUACGCGUGCGCAUUCUCCUAUGGCGAGAACACCCUAGGAGCUGCAUGGACGACUGUGUCUACCGACACGGGAGUGAGUCUGGUGAACAUGAACGGCGGUUCGGCUUUGAACUACCUUCUUCUCGGCUUCGUCAAUAUCUUCUGGAUCCCGACCGCUAUGAAGAUAGGUCGGAGACCUGUCUUUCUGGCAUCUACCGUCAUUUGCAUGUGCGCAGGCAUUUGGCUUGGGUACUUCAAUGGGACUGCCUCCUGGAUGCUCGCCAUGACUCUCAACGGGUUUGGAACAGCAGCAUACCAAGCUGUUAUUCAGCUGAGUGUCUUCGACAUGUUUUACACUCACCAACGUGGCCGAAUGUUAAGCUGUUACCUCUUCGGACAGCAACUUGGUAGCAUUCUCGGUUUGAUAACUGGCGGCAGCAUCGCCGAUACGCUCGGCUGGAGAUAUUCGCAGUACAUCGUCGCCAUAAUAGAUGGCGGGGUGCUGGUACUUCUCUUUUUCACUUUCGAGGAGACGUUGUUCCCAAGAUUCCUGUUCAGCAAAAUCACCGGCGCAGUCCCUGGCACUGAAGGCUUGGUUACCCCUAUCACCACUUCCAAGGACGCCGAAAACACCCUAACGAGCACUCAGUCACCAAGUGAUCCGGUACAAGAUAAUGAGUGGACAUCUCAGUUCCCUAAACGGACUUACGUGGAGAAAUUGAAGCCCUGGGUCUUCUUUCCACAGGACUCGACAACCUACUGGCAGUAUUUCCGCCGACCUUUCCUGCUGUUCACAUUCCCGAACAUUGUGAUCGCAGGAGUGAUAUUUGCGUUUGGUUGCACCGCUGGUAUCGUGUCUUUCAACACCAUCUCGGCGAUCAUGACCGAGCCACCGUACAAUUGGUCUACUACCUCUACUGGUCUGAUUUUUCUUGCUGCCCUUGUAGGCAACUGUGUGGGCUGGGCUACUGGAGUCCUGAGUGACUAUAUUGUCAUCUUCCUGGCUCGCCGCAACCACGGUAUCAAGGAGCCAGAGAUGCGAUUGUGGACAUUAUGUUUCUCCUUCGUGUAUGCCGCGGUCGGCUACCAGCUGUACGGCUGGGGAGCCAACUUCGGCAUGCACUGGAUGACAAUAGCCUUUGGUGUGGGUUGUAUGAUUGCACAUCAGGUCUCAGCUUGCUCGAUUGCAACCGCAUAUGCUAUGGAAUGUUUUCCGGGGAUUGCCGGAGAACUCGUCGUCGUGUUGGCAAUCUGCUCCUCCUGCAUCAAUUUCGCCAUCUCAUACUCUGUGCAGCCUUUCAUUAUCGCAACGAAUUACGGCUAUACAUUCUUGUUCUUCGGUCUGUGUGUCCUGUGCUCAAUGCUGGCAGCCAUCCCGACAUACAUUUAUGGCAAGAGCUGGCGACGGAGGGCCGCUCCGAAAUGGAGACGAUGGUUGGCGGAGAGAGAGCUGUAG